UCUCGUUUUACUGAUCAUUUGCUCCGGAGUAACGUGGUCCGGGCAGAGCCAGCCAAGUCAACACCCAUCACUGCAAUGAAGACAGAAAUAACACACAUGCUGACCAUUUGUCAGGGCACGUUUUGAUCCGUUUCCAGAAGUGCAGCUAUGAUGCCAUCUAUGGCUAUGAUGGCAACUCCAAACAGCAGCAAUACCGCUGUCUCCAUUGAUGGCAACUGCACCAACUUGUAUGAUCAUCGUGGGUGGGCGCAUGUACUCCUACCUGUGGUUUACACCUUCAUCUUUUUUGUGGGACUGUCAGGUAAUGUUUUGGCUCUGCAUGUUAUCUGGCCCAAUAUGAAGAAAAUCAACUCCACCACUGUGUACUCAGCCAACCUGGUGGCAUCUGACAUCCUUUUCGCAUUUGCUCUCCCUCUAAGAAUCAUUUACUACGCACUGGGAUUCCACUGGCCGAUGGGAGAGGGCAUGUGCAAGGCCACAGCUCUGGUGUUCUACUUGAAUAUGUAUGCUGGUGUGAACUUUAUGACCUGCCUAAGUGUGGACCGCUUUAUUGCUGUGGUACUCCCACUGCGCUUCAGCUGCUUCCGUAAAAUACACAAUGUGCGAUACAUCUGUAUAGGCGUUUGGAUGCUAGUGUUGGUCCAAACUUUGCCACUUCUCUCCAUGCCGAUGAGUCGUGAGGAACAUGAUGGCUACAUCACAUGCAUGGAGUACCCCAACUUCGAGCAGGUUGAUGGCUUGCCCUAUAUUCUGAUUGGGGCUGUGUUUCUGGGCUAUGGCAUUCCUCUGACAACCAUCUUAAUCUGCUACUCAGCUCUUUGCUACAAACUUCGUGAGUUAGCCAAGAGAAACCAGCUGACAGAGAAGUCAGGCCUCAGCCGCAAAGCCAUCGGCGUGAUCUGUUGCGUCAUUCUAGUGUUUGUGAUUUGCUACAGUCCCUAUCACAUAGACCUGCUGCAGUACAUGAUUCGAAAACUGCAGCACCAGCAGGAUUGUUAUCAACUGCAUGCCUUUCAGAUCUCUCUGCAUGUCACCGUCAGCUUUAUGAACCUCAACUCCUGCCUGGACCCCUUCAUCUAUUUCUUCGCCUGUAAGGGCUACAAGAAGAAGGUGCUGAAGCUGCUUAAGAGGCAAGCGAGCAUGUCAUUAUCCAGCAUGGUUAGGACAUCACCAGAUGAAUUAUCCCGAGAUAUUGACAAAAUUAAUAUGGGCAACAGACUCUCCCAUCUGAGGGAGAGAAGCAGCAUGAUAGAGCGUGACUGAGAUACACACAACCUCUGGACUAACUUCAAAAUCAGGAAAAUCAUAUCGGGUACUGGCUUCUCAUCAGACUGUUAAUAAAACAUCACAACAUCUAAAAAAAAUUGAAUUAAAAAAAAAACCCCUCAGUGCAGUACUUUACGCUUAAAUCUGUAAAUAUGCAAAUUUUGUCAACCCGCGAGGUCCUUUAAUUAGUUUGUUUGUUCAUGGUUUCAAUAUAAGUUAAAUACAUUUUUGAAAUACAAACAUUUUGAACAAAUACUUUAAAACUUUACACCUUCGAAAAAAGAAACUGUAUGACAUUAUCUUCGCAUUGAUGGUCUCCAAACUAAGAGUGCCACCUGCUGUUAGAUAUCUAAAAUAGUUUGGGAAAUGUGCUGAAGUGGGUGGCAUAGCAGCAAAGAGGUUAACUUAUCAUCGUACUGCUCCAGGGUCGAGAAUGAAGUGAUGAAUAAAUAAACUGUCCAAAUAUACUGCACGUGAAGAAAGGCAAAAGCAUUAUUCCUAGAUUUAUACCCAAAAGACAUAUGUAGGAACUAAGAAUUUAAAAAAGAGAGCUUUGGAAAAUUAACCCCUUUUGUGACAUAUGUCCCAGAAUAUCCAAUAUAUAAAAUAAGUCAGCUCAAGGUAGUUAAUUAAAUUAUUACUUUCUGAUGAAAUUACUGAUGACUGUGAACCUGUAAACAUAGUGUAAUAAAAGUAAAAUGCCUCAAGAGGGCAAUAUAGCGCAUAUUUACAGAGCUCCUAGUUUACAAUUCAUUGCCAAGUUACAGUCAGAAAUGCAUUUUAAAAUGUACAAGUUCCGACUAUCAUAUCACAUAUAUAUAUCUUAGCAACAAGCAUUUAUUGCUGUCCAAUAAAUUAUGAUUUCAUUAUUUUUUAUAAGAAACUUCAUAUCUUAAAUGUAGCUCAUGCUCCAAGACAAAAGCGAGAACAGUAGAACUGCUGUUGGUUACAGGAAGUGAAAGUAAAUGGUAGUUCACAAUUUUAGAAAAUGCUUCUCAGUUCAGCUAGGGCCGAACAAAACUACUUUCAAUUCUGCACCAGGUGUUACAUGUCAACUAAAUGAUAAAGCAUGCAGAAAUUGUAAUGACGGAAACAAAUCUUGAAUAAAAUGUCAGAUAUUUGGGUAAUGCUUGUCAAAUUUCUCUACACAGAAAUUCUCUGUGAUUGUAUAAUAAGCAUGCAUUUUUGUACUUUUACCUAAAAUAUAAAUGAUAUAUUACAAUAAUAAAAGUGAUGAUGUGUA